CGGCAAGAUCCAGCCGCUACAAGUUGGGGGCGGAAGAAAUUGAACAGUGACAGUCUGUGGGAUUGGAAAGGCGACAGAGGCGGCGGCCAGGGAACUGAAGCGGAAUCCAUUCCCGUCAUUAGCAGGAAUAGCAGGAUCCAAAAUCUUGGAGGCAAUUGGACAGACCUCUGGAACGUGAGACAAAAGAAUAUAGCAAAGAUUUCUCGACUGGGUGAAGCAAGUGAAGGAGGAUGGAAGGCAUCUUUGGUGCUCUCCAUCAAUAUCUGGUGCUGGUGUUUCUCUACUGCACCUUAGAGCUUCACUGUUUGGCACAUGAUGACGGGCAACAGGUCCCCAAGAUUCAGCUGCGACUAGCAGGCCGGAGGAAGAAAGGGAACGAGGGGAGAGUUGAGGUCUACUAUAAUGGCGAGUGGGGCACUGUGUGCGAUGAUGAGUUCUCCAUUGCCACGGCUACUGUCAUCUGUAAAGAACUGGGCUUCAUCUACGCAGAAAAAUGGGUACCUGGCGCCAAGUAUGGCAGAGGCAAAGGCCGCAUCUGGAUCGAUAACGUCCGUUGCACUGGUGCGGAGAAGACCCUUGCAGCUUGUGCUUCCAAUGGCUGGGGGGUCACUGAUUGCAAGCACACCGAAGAUGCUGGAGUAGUAUGCAGCGAGCAAAGAGUACCUGGGUUCAGAUUCAUCAAUACCUUGAUCAACGAUAUCGAGGAAGAGCAGUUGCAAGUGCAAGAUGUUCGCAUCAAGGGAGUCUUUAGUUCAUCCAGGAUUCGUAUGCCUAUUACUGAGGGUUAUGUCCAAGUGAAGCAGGAUGGAGAAUGGAAGCCAAUCUGUAACACUGACUGGACAUCCAUGAACAGCAGAGUCAUCUGUGGCAUGUUUGGAUUCCCAGCAGAGAAAAACUACAACAUGAAGAUUUACAAAACUUUUGCAAGCAGGACGAAGCAUGCCUACUGGCCCUACAGCAUUAACUGUACGGGCAAUGAAGCCCACCUGUCCAGUUGUAACCUGGGCCACUCUGUGGUGAACAGAAACAACAGCUGUCCGAGCCAGAUGCCUGCCGUUGUGAGCUGUGUGGCAGGCAGAGCCUUCGCUGCUAUCAGCACCACUCGAGUCAGAAAGGCCUUCCAGAUUGAGAAACCAUUGGCUCGCCUGAGGGGAGGACCCAAGAUCGGAGAGGGCAGAGUGGAAGUGAUGAAGGAUGGCCAAUGGGGAACGGUCUGUGAUGAUCGCUGGAGUCUCCUGGCAGCUAGUGUGGUGUGUCGAGAACUGGGCUUUGGGACGGCCAAGGAAGCUUUAAUCGGAGCAAGAAUGGGGAAGGGAAUCGGCUUGACCCACAUGAACCAGGUGUCGUGCACGGGCUUUGAGAGGUCCAUCGUUGACUGCAAGUUUAACCAAGAUAACCUGUGUAAUCACGAUGAAGAUGCUGCAGUACGUUGUAACAUCCCUGCCAUGGGCUUUGAGAAACAAAUCCGCCUGUCUGGGGGACGUACUCAAUAUGAAGGCCGUGUGGAGGUACUUGCUCAGAAGAAUGGCGCCUUGAGAUGGGGAACGAUCUGCAGCCACAACUGGGGCAUCAAGGAAGCCAUGGUGGUGUGCAGGCAACUGGGUCUUGGCUUUGCUGACCAUGCAGUUCAGGAGACUUGGUUCUGGGAAGGUGACCCGAGUGCUGAUGAAGUGGUGAUGAGUGGUGUCAAAUGUUCGGGCACUGAGAUGUCACUUUUCCAGUGUCUUCACCAUGGUACAGAGUUGGACUGUCCCAACAGAGGGGGACAAUUUGCUGCUGGGAUCUCCUGUACUGACGCUGCUUCCGACCUGGUUCUGAAUCCCCGGGUGGUUGAGGAGACCUCCUAUUUGGAGAAUCGGCCCCUGUCUAUGCUGACGUGUGCCAUGGAAGAGAACUGUUUGACCAGCUCGGCUAUUGGCUUGCCACCUCUGACCAACUUCCGUCGGCUGCUGAGAUUCUCCUCUCAAAUCCACAACAAUGGAGAAGCUGACUUCAGGCCCAAAGCUGGUCGCCAUGACUGGAUCUGGCAUGAGUGUCACAGGCACUACCACAGCAUGGAAGUGUUUACAAACUAUGACCUAUUGAUGCUGAAUGGAUCAAGAGUUGCUGAGGGACACAAGGCUAGUUUCUGUCUCGAGGACACAGAGUGUGACUCAGAGGAAAGGAAGAACUACCAGUGUGCCAAUUUUGGUGAACAGGGCAUCACUGCUGGCUGCUGGGACACAUAUCGACAUGACAUUGACUGCCAAUGGAUUGAUAUUACCGACGUGCCCCCAGGGGAGUACAUACUGCAGGUUAUCAUCAAUCCUAACUUUGAAGUGGUUGAGUCAGACUACAGCAAUAAUGUUGUGAAAUGUCGGUGCAAAUAUGAUGGACAUCGUAUCUGGACUUACAACUGUCAUGUUGGUGGUUCCUUCAGCUCCGAGUCAGAAGAGAUUUUUGACCAUUUUCCUGGAUUAAUGAGUAACCACCUGUUUAACUGGUAACACCAUAGCAGAGAUGAAGUUUUACCAAAAAGGAAUGUCCGGUUACAUACUGUCAAUGGCAGAGACUGACCUGUGGUUCUUAAUUCAAUAUUGGUGCUACUGUUACCACUGUAAGGAUAGUGUGCUGUGGAACAAAUAUCCUGCUUUGUAAGGUUUGUUCCAUUCCACUGAGCAACAUACUGAAUUCUACCAAUCCUCAACAAGAGAAAAACACACAAAAAUCACACCUUGGCUUCAGUCUAAAGCUAAGUGUCUCUCUCUCUCUCUCUCAACUUCUCCAUUUCCUGGCCAGGCUGUAGUUGGCAGGCUUGGGUAAGGCUGGCAUGCAUUAUAGUUCUGACUGGCUCUUGGCCAGGGCGAUAGAGAUAUCCAGCAGAGAGACUCGAAGCCAAAGAGAGCUGCGGCAGUGUUCAAAGUUUCUUUGAACUCUUGCAACAUAGUCCUAUGAAGGGGAGGCAUAUCUGACUCAAAAGCUCAAGGGUGUUGUGUGUGUGGCAGGCGGGGAGGGGGCGGGUGGGGGUGGAAUGGUUCAUAGAUAACAAUAUCUUUCUGAAUUGGAAUGCUCGAAUCCUCUAAGAUCCAUGUCUAUAGACCUCUUUGUACCCUGCUUGUCCUGGUUUGCUUUGUACAGUACUGAACAUUGCAGCAAUGUGUCCUGAGUUUAGAUAUUUACUUGGAAUUUAAAAACAAACACCACUCUAAUAAACAACUUACAGUA